AUGGGUAUUAUGUUGGUUUAUGACAUUACAAACGAGAAAUCAUUCGAUAACAUAAAGAACUGGAUUCGAAACAUCGAAGAGCAUGCGUCCCAAGACGUCGAAAGAAUGAUUAUUGGAAACAAAUGUGAUGCGGAAGACAAGCGACAGGUUUCAAGGGAGAGGGGUCAACAGGUAUAG